AUGGAAGAGUUGGUGCUGGUUCCAAUGCAGGGUUGGUUGGAAGUCAUGUACGAUGCGUACAAUGAGGUGCGCUCCGAUGACAACGACACCGCCUGGUAUAGCUAUGCAAAGGAGUUCCUUGCUGACCAGAAGAGCGACCUCGACUAUGACUCCAUCCUCGAGGAAGUCAAGGCCACAGGCGGCGCCAACUACGGUACCGGUGUUCGCAAGGAGUAGACAAUCUUCACUUUCCCGCCACUCAUCUCCCCUCUCUCUACACCAGUGACGUGAUGUGAAUCUCCCUCUGCCUACACAUUGCUUCAUCCUUUUGUGUCGUGUCUUUCGCUCUCGGCGUCGUCUCAGCAGCUGUCAUUCCCAGUCCCGUCUGUUUCUCGUGCUUUCGUGUUUUGUCACAUCACACGUGUGUGUCAUGCUCCCUUCCACGUUCCUUUGAUCCUUCGUUGCAGUUUGUGCUUGGGGGUCCGAAAGGUACCACAAUCAUGAUGAUGAUGAUGAUGAUGGUCUGAUUCCCCCUUGUCGUCGUAAUCGUGGUGCCUCGCAUCCCCCUGCUCAUCUCCUCUCCGCUCUCCCCUGCGUUCCGCGCCGGCUGGUGCUGGUUGUGUUGCACCAUUGCUGCUGCUGCUGCUUCUUCUUGCGCGCAGUUUGUCAUGAGUGCAAACCGCAACCACCACCGCCGCCAUCAAUGAAUACACGGAUGGCAUUGCA